CAGAACAGGGCUCGCUCGCCGCGGUCACGAGAGCUCCAGGGGAGUGACGUCACUUUCCUAACCCGGGCAGCGGCCGUUGAGUUGAGUCCCAAACCAGAGACGAGCAGGAGUCCACCAACAGCUCAACUUUUAAUGAAUGCGGGCCGAGGAGAGCCGCCGUGAAGACUCGCGCCGGUUUCUCCUUCCUUAUGCUCCCUCCUGGUCGACAUAGCUCCACAAAGACUCGCUGUGUUCCCACUUGUUCAGCGGCUAAUCUGGUUUUAGCUAUUUUAAAAAAGCGCUUGUCUCUCCUUUUAUGUGUCUCGCGCUCCCCGCGACUCUGGGCACAAGGACUGGGUCUUGACUGAGCGAUUGAGUGAGCGACUGCAUGGGUCGGACUGAACAUGAAGAGCCUCAAAGCCAAGUUUAGAAAAACUGAUACCAAUGAGUGGAACAAAAACGAUGAACGCUUGCUUGCUGCAGUGGAGCAUGGCGAGGUUGACAAAGUCUCAUCCCUUCUCGCCAAGAAAGGUGCCAAUCCUGUAAAGCUGGACAGCGAAGGCAAAUCAGCUCUUCAUGUAGCUGCUGCUCGUGGACAGACAGACUGCCUCUCUUUCAUCUUGGCUCAUGGAGCUGACCUGUCAGUCACUGAUGCUGCUGGUUUUAGUCCUUUACACCUGGCUGCCAAAAACAACCACACCGAAUGCUGCAGAAAACUCAUUCAGAGUAAAUGUCCUAUCGAUGCUGUAGACGGAUCAGGAAAGACUGCUUUGCAUCACGCUGCUGCCAGCGGGAACAUCCAGAUUGUCCAACUGCUGUGUGAACUCAAAAGCCCCAUCAACCUUAAAGACACAGAUGGUCUCACUUCCUUGCUGUUGGCAGCCAAACACAGUCAUGCAGAAGUAUGCAGCACCUUGCUCGACUUUGGCGCUGAAAUCAACAUUUCUGACAACAGUGGCAGGACGGCCUUGAUGCUCGCAACAGAGUCCAGCGCAGUGUCUGUUGUUGAAGUGUUGGUUCAGAGAGGAGCAGACCAGUCAGCUGUAGAUACAGAAGGCCAUGAUGUUUUACAUUACGCUAAGGUCUCAGGCAGCUCUGAAGCCAAAACUGCCCUUUCAGCUGCACUAAACAAGCAUCCUGUCUCAGAUACGAAGUCUCCUAAAAGUCCCCAGCAUGAUCAAGUAGCUAAGAUAAGUGAUGAACGGAUCAUAACUCCCAAAAAACGAAAAGCACCUCCACCUCCCAUUAGCCCACCGCAGAGCUCUGGACCCUCUUCCCCUUCAAUUGUUACAUCUACUGGCACUCCAGCGUCCAACAAAAGUGACACUCCCAAAAGAUUCAACUACAAGGAAGAUGAGAUCAGAGGAACAGCACUGAAAGAGGAGGUUGAGAAGGAGAGAAACAUGCUGCUGGAAACAAUCGAAGACCUGAAACAAACGGUGGAGACGGUGACGGGUGCUGAGGUGGAUACAAAGGCUGAGCAAAGUUUCACAGCGUCUGCUGCUCUGGUUUCUGCUCUGCAAGCCAAGAUUAUGGCUCUCACUCUGGAAAACCAGCAACUUGCAAGCAAACUUAAGAAGCAUCCCUCCCUCCAAGGAAAUGAGGACCUGAAGGAGAUGAGUCGUCCAAACAGCAUUGCCUCCAACUCAUCUUUCCACUCUACCCAGGAUGAGUUUGAGUCAUUGCCACAAGUCCCGUCCACCACCCAAGUGGAAGGGGAAGGUCCAGGAGCUGACUCUGUGAUACUGGAGGAAGAAGAGAGGGAGAAACUACGAGGAGCAGGCGAAGAGGAGAUCAGACUGUUGAGGCAGACAUUAGAGAAAGUUCAGAUACAACUGCUUGAAACCAGGAAGGAAAACCAGUCGCUUCAGGCUCAGCUGAAGCCAGAACGAAGCAGGGAAAGAGAGGAGCAUGAAAGCGAGAGAGGAAGAGAGAGAGAGCUGAUGGAGAGUCUAGCAGAGCUGCAAGCCAAGCUGACUGACACUCAGGAGAGAUACCACCAAGCUGUGGAGGAAGUGGAGAAUCUGAGAGUACAGGUGGGAACGAGAGAAGCCCAGGAGAGCCAGAGACUUACAUCAACCGCACUUGAACAUGAAGUAACGCAGCUAAAGGCCCAGCUCGCCCAAUCAGAGUCAGAGGUAGAUAAAGCAACACAACAUAUCAAACAUCUGGAAGAGGCACUGAAGAAGACAGAGGAGGAUAAAGAGAGUGCUAAAGAGAAAGAACAGAGGGCAGCACAACUCGAGGAGCUGUACAAGGAGGCGCAGGAGGAAGUCAGGGUGCUCCAGGAGGCUCUAAAGGGCACAGUGCCUGUUGAAUCUGCAGCCAAAGACUUUGAAGAGAUGAAGGCUGCGCGAGAUGAGGAAAUCACUGGACUGCAGCUCCGCUGCAGGGAACUUUCACGCUCCUACAGUGAAACCAAAAAUCAGCUCAAUGCCACUCAGAAACAGCUGGCUGAAGCCCAAGCUGAGAAGAGUACGGCCCCCUCUCCAACUUUGGAACUGCAGGUGUUAAACAGUAAGGUGGAGGAGCUGCAGAGGCUGCUGGCUGAGGCUGAGAAGAAAUAUUCAUCUGCUCAAGAGGAGAUUUCACUACUGAGGAAGGAGGCAGAGGUUCAGGCACAGAGCUCUGUGGCUCUUGCCGAUCAAAUGCAGGUGAUGUCGUCUCUAGGUAAUGCCAUCAAAGAGCUGGAAAAUGAGGUGGAAGCCCUGAGAGAGGAGCUACGUCAGAAGACCAUGCAGGUGGAGGCUCUUCAACACAGGCUGACAGCUGAGAAGGAUGUCACCCCAGAUGACUCAGUCUCCCGUGUGGAGCACAACACAGUGCGGGAGCAGCUGGAAGGUGAAGUGAACCAUCUGACACAUCUCCUCCAGGAGGCUCUCAGGAAGCAGGAUGAGAUGGCUCUGGAGGCUGCUGAUGCCUGGCAGAAGGCACGGGAUAAUGGUGCAGAGCGAGAAGCCCUGCAGGAGCUAGUUAUGUCAAAGGAGAAGGAGAACCAGACGCUGACAUCCAAACUGGGAGAGUCCCAGGAUGCUGUGUGUCAGCUCAAACAGCUGGUGGAGAAUCAUGUUGCAUCAGAGAGAGAAAAGAACAAGAGGAUAGAUGACCUGUCUCGAGAGGUGGUGAAGCUGAAGGAUGCCUUAAACAGCCUAUCACAGCUCUCCUACAGCUCAUGCUCCCCCUCCAAACGACAGCAGCAAAAUCAGCAGCUUGAGACGAUGCAGCAGCAAAUCAAACAAUUGCAGUACCAGCUCGCUGAGUCAAAGAAGCAACACAGUGAAGUAGUGUCAGUUUACAGAAUGCACCUCCUCUAUGCUGUUCAGGGUCAGAUGGAUGAGGACGUCCAGAAAGCCUUGAAGCAGAUCCUGAUGAUGUGCAAGAUGCCAAGCCAAGCCAAGGAAGCCUCCUGAGACACGCAGGGAGUGAUUUACCAAAAGCAUGUUGUCAGACACACGGUGCCUCUGGAUGAAGCUUGAGGAUUUGUUUAUAAGGAACUGGUUUACAAUCAGGUGUUCAUUGCCUUUACCUAAUGUCAUUUUGACCCAGUUACCUAACGUACACCUGGUAUCAACAUGUCUAGGUAGCUUACUGUAAUCUGAACACACAUGUAGUUGAAGUUGGCCGUGUCCUCCCAGCUCAUCUUCUUGUUAAUCACAUCGCAGGCACAAUCAAGACAAUGAGAGGCUGUUUUAAUACCAGGAUAAAUGCAAACAUUCAUGGACCGGCUGUCAGGAUCUAAAUAUAGCGUGUAUGUUCAUACCAGGUGGAAUUGGGGCGUUAAUGUUAGGAUGUUUGUCAGGUCAGCGUUGUGCUCAUGAGCUCACUCAUGAUUCAGAUAAACAGAGGAGCCAGGUGUUUAUCGUGUGUGUACCAGCCAAAUUUAAAGUGUGUACAUGUUAACACUACACUGAAGAUGUGCAGUAACCUUAAAUCACAUGCAGUUGCACACGUGCACCCAUCAGCUCAAUGAAAACAGUGAGUCUGUUUCUGUUCUAGUGUCUAGUUUAUGAUACAGCAGUGUUAGUAUUAUCUGAGUUUGCUGUUAAAUGUUAACUGUCCACAUUUUCCUGAUAGAAUUAAAAUUAUUUGUGCUGUGUUAACAGUUGCAUGAGUCUUUGCUCUACAGCAGCCCCCAAAAUGGCUGGACUUGUAUGAAGAAAAAGCAAAAUGCUGCUUGAUAAUUUUCCUAUCAGUUAAAAAAAAAAAAUAUGUAAAAGAAUUAUAUAUUUUAUUGAACUGUUUUACCCUGUCAUGUUUUUUUUAAGUAACUGUACUUUGAUAACGGUUGAUAUCUUUGAUGUCCCUGUUUUGUGUCAGUGUUUUUCCUCGAGUAUAACAACGCACUAUUUGUUCCAGUGGCACCUGAAUGAAUUAAUGUUCCUCUUAAUAUUAAUAUUAAUAUUAUUAUUAUUAUUAUUUACAUAUGAGGGGUUAACUGUUUACUGUAGUAAAAAAGUAAAAAAAUAUCUGAAUUGUAACAAAAGUCCAGCAGUGUGGGCUGAAUAUGUUUGUCUUUCCGACACAGAGGGGAUAAGAGUUUUACUUUUUAUAGUCCCUCUACUCUUCUAAGAGUUGCAGUCUUAUAUGAAAAGCAUGUAAAACUUAUUUCUUGAUAUCAGAUGGUUGAAUUGUGUAAAAACAAAACACAAGUUCUCCUAUCAUGUGCCUGUAAUCACACAGUAUUUUUUCUGGCUCUACAGCAGCUUGAACAGGAUUCUUUGAACCAUCUUUUAAUUUAUUUAUAUUUACCAGGAAUGGUAAUUUUUUUUUUCCUAUCUUUCCCUCAGUUUGUAACUCUUCUUCUCUCAGUGCUCCUUUGUGCGUGCAGGAAAACACUGUACAGUGUUUUUGAAUUUUUUUGACCGUCUUCUAGAGACUUAUAAACUAUUUUCACACCACCCUCCUUUUUUUGCCUUAGAGCCGCAGACUCUACUCGACAUGCACAGCACGUUCACUGUUUAACUGGAGUCAUACUGAAUUAAAUUGUAUCUGAGUGACUGACCUUUGUUUCUCACUGACAGGCUCUUUAUCACCCGUCUGAGAAUUGUUUGAUCGCCUGCGUGCUUCAGUUCUUCUCUUUUUCUCUAAGCUUUGACUGAAACGUUUUUUUAUCAAGAAAGGGAAACAAAGAAGCAGCUUGUCCUGUUGGUUGUUUCUUUACUAACAAUUUUGUAGUAAAAAGAGAAACUUCUUUGACAACUGUAUUUUAUCCACAUAAUAAAUUUUGAAGAUACUGCACAUUUA